AUGUCACCUGAAUAUGCUCGAGCUGGUCUCUUCUCAGUAAAAUCUGAUGUCUUCAGCUUUGGUGUUAUAUUAUUGGAGGUCAUAAGUGGAAAAAGGAAUAUGGUCUCUUAUAAUAGUGAUUCCCCUCCUAAUUUGAUACGAAGAGCCUGGGAGUUAUGGAAUGAUGGUAAGGCUUUUGAUCUGGUAGAUCCAUCAAUAGUUGAUUCAUGUCCCAGUGAGGAAGCAUUACGCUGCAUUCUAGUAGGACUAUUGUGUUUGCAACUCAACGCAGCAGACAGACCAACCAUGCCAACAAUUCUGUCCAUGCUAAGUAUUGAAGCAACGGUUCCCUACCCGAAGCAGCUCUUCAUUACUCCUAACUCAGACUUGAUUACUACAGAAAUAGCAUCAUCUUCGAUCAAUGAGGUGACAAUUACAGCACCUUAUGUUUGUUAG